CAGAACCAUGGAUUCUUACCUCCAUGUGCAGAACUCUGCAGCUAACAUAUCUUUGGUGCAACUUUAAAAAACGUGUGUUCGUGUAGUGGACGUUGCGUGUGGACUGUGGAGGUUAUGUUGUGAUUGCGUUGCAGUGUUUAAGUUUAAAACCUUAAUCAGCAGUCAACAUGCCUUUGCCAGAGAAAGUUUUGAUGCGUAAGAUCAAAAAGCGUGAGAAGAAGAAGCUUAAACUUCUGCAGACGAAGACACAGGACACCGAAGAAAGCAUAGAUGAAAGUGCAGAAGAUACGUUGCCCACGCUUGUGACAAAAGAAUCUCUCCAGAAUGAUACAGCCAAAAGGAAACACGAAAACGACGAAGAAUCCAAUAAACAUGAGAAGAAAAAGAAAAAAAAGAAAAAGAAAAUUGAAGAAGAGGAAGAAGAUAGUGAAGAACAAGCAGAGAACGCAGAUGUAGAGAGAGAAUCUGGAAAUGAAGCUAUGGAGAACGCAGAAAAUGAUAGCCAGGACAUUGGGAAAAAACUACCAGGUUCAGGGAUUGCGUUGGAGAUACUGAGCAACAGAACAUUUGAGUCAUUGGCUGACAAGGUCUGUGAGAACACCUUGAAAGCAAUUGCUGACAUGGGAUUCACUACAAUGACAGAGAUCCAGUCACGAGCAAUUCCUCCUCUCUUGGAGGGCAGGGACAUGGUUGGUUCAGCUAAAACUGGUUCUGGAAAAACUCUUGCCUUUCUUGUGCCAGCAGUGGAACUUAUAUACAAAUUGCACUUCAUGCCCCGGAAUGGCACAGGUUGCAUAAUCAUAUCUCCAACAAGGGAAUUGUCCAUGCAGACAUUUGGCGUCUUAAAGGAACUUAUGAAGUACCACCACCAUACCUAUGGUUUGUUAAUGGGUGGUGCCAACAGGCAGACUGAAGCCCAAAAACUUGCAAAAGGUAUCAACAUCAUUGUGGCAACACCUGGGAGACUAUUGGACCAUCUUCAAAAUACUGCAGAUUUCUUGUAUAAAAAUCUACAGUGCCUCAUAAUAGAUGAGGCUGAUAGAAUAUUGGACAUUGGAUUUGAGGAAGAAAUGAAGCAGAUUAUUAAUCUAUUGCCAAAGCGCAGACAGACUAUGCUUUUCAGUGCUACAACAACUGCAAAGACAGAAGCACUCACAAAAUUAGCCUUAAAGAAAGAACCAGUCUAUGUUGGAGUAGAUGACGAGAAAGAUAAGGCCACAGUGGAAGGCUUAGAUCAAGGUUACGUUGUGUGUCCUUCAGAGAAGAGGUUUCUGUUGCUAUUUACAUUCCUUAAGAAGAACAGAAAGAAGAAAGUUAUGGUUUUCUUCAGCUCAUGUAUGUCGGUGAAAUACCAUCAUGAGUUACUCAACUACAUUGACCUACCUGUUAUGUGUAUACAUGGAAAACAAAAACAGACAAAACGUACCACCACUUUCUUCCAGUUCUGUAAUGCUGAGACAGGUAUACUCCUCUGUACAGACGUUGCUGCUCGAGGUUUAGACAUUCCUGCUGUGGACUGGAUAGUUCAAUAUGAUCCACCAGAUGACCCAAAGGAAUACAUUCAUCGAGUUGGUAGGACAGCAAGAGGAGAAGGUGGUAGAGGACAUGCCCUCUUGAUCCUUCGACCAGAAGAGCUAGGUUUUCUGCGAUAUUUGAAGCAAGCCAAAGUCCCUCUCAAUGAAUUUGAGUUCAGCUGGAAUAAAAUAGCUGAUAUUCAGUUACAGCUGGAAAAACUGAUUGGUAAAAAUUACUUCUUGAAUAUGUCGGCAAAAGAAGCAUACAAGGCAUAUGUAAGAGCAUACGAUUCUCACCAUUUGAAGCAGAUAUUUAAUGUGGAGACAUUAGACCUGCAAAAGGUCGCUCUGUCAUUUGGACUUAAAAUACCACCAAGCGUUGAUCUCCAUGUCAACAGUAGCAAAGGGAACCGUCCUAGGAAGAGACUUGGUGGUGGUGGUUUUGGAUAUUUUAAUACUAUGAAUAAACCUGGAGGAGGCAAGAUGGAACACAAAGCAAUGAUCUUCAGGCAGCCACAUAAAAAUAAACCUGGUGAUAAGAGACAGUUUGUUCGGUAGUGGCAGGACACAUUAUCUCAUAUUGGGAAAGGACAAUGAUUGAUGAAGUGUACAAUUCAGUGUAGAUAUUAUGUGAAAAAAGAGAAACAAAUAAAGUCCCAUGUUAAGUUUCGUAA